CGCCCCCCCCCGGGCGCGAUGCCGCGGGUGUACAUCGGGCGCCUCAGCUACCAGGCGCGGGAACGGGAUGUGGAGCGUUUCUUCAAGGGUUACGGCAAGAUCCUUGAGGUGGACCUUAAGAACGGGUACGGCUUUGUGGAGUUCGAUGACCUGCGAGAUGCAGAUGAUGCUGUUUAUGAGCUAAAUGGUAAAGAUCUUUGUGGGGAAAGAGUGAUCGUUGAGCAUGCCAGAGGCCCACGUCGUGACAGCAGUUAUGGUUCUGGACGCAGUGGAUAUGGUUAUAGAAGAAGCGGAAGAGAUAAGUACGGUCCUCCUACCCGUACAGAAUACAGAUUGAUUGUGGAAAAUUUGUCAAGCCGCUGCAGUUGGCAAGAUCUUAAGGAUUAUAUGCGUCAGGCAGGGGAAGUGACAUAUGCAGAUGCACACAAAGGAAGGAAAAAUGAAGGUGUGAUUGAGUUCAAAUCCUAUUCUGACAUGAAAAGAGCCCUUGAAAAGCUGGACGGGACAGAAGUAAAUGGCAGAAAGAUUAGAUUAGUGGAAGACAGACCUGGAUCAAGACGGCGCCGCUCUUACUCCAGAAGCCGAAGCCAUUCAAGGUCUCGCUCUCGAAGCAGGCAUUCUCAUAAGAGCCGGAGCCGCAGUGCCAGCAGCAGUCGCUCCAAGAGUAGAUCAAGAUCCAGGUCUGUGUCCCGUUCCAGAAGCAAGAGCCGUAGUCGAAGCAAGAGCCGUAGCAGAGGCCAAAAAGAGAAAAGCAGGACUCCAAGUAAAGAGGAUAAAAGUAGGAGCCGCAGCAGGAGUGCAGAGAAAUCGCGGAACAAAAGUAAAGAUAAAUCUGAGGGCACUCUCCAUAACAGUGAUGAGAAAGAAAAGAGCAGGAGCCGCAGCAAGGAAAAGAGCAAGAGCAGGAGCAGGAGUGGAAGCAAGGACAGGGGAGAGACAAGGGAGAGCUUGAGGAGUAGAAGCAAAGAUAGGGAAAAGAGCAUUAGCAAAGCUAGAAGUAGGAGCAAGAGCAGGAAUGAGAGUAGGAGCAGGAGCCACAGUAAGGAGAAAAGGAAAAAUAGGAAGAGAAGCAGGGAUGACAGCAGAAGUAGAAGCAGGAGCUGCAGCAAGAGUGAGAAAAGCAAGAGGCGCAGCAAGCGAGAUAGCAAACCGAGCAGCAAGAAAAAGAGGAAGGACAGCCGUGAGCAGUCCAGGUCAGUCUCCAGAGAAAAGGAACAUCAAAAAUCAGAGUCUGACAAAAAGGAGACAAAAGGUGAGGGUGAGGAUGCAGCUGCCCGUGUGGUGUCUCGCUCUAGGUCUAGAUCUAUUUCCAAGUCAAAACCAAAUGUCAAAUCAGAUUCCCGUUCCAGGUCAAAAUCUGUUUCAAAACCGAGGUCCCGGUCCAAGUCUAGGUCUGCCUCCAGGUCACGCUCCCGAUCGCGGUCAAGGUCUCGCUCCAGAUCCUAACCUUGCUGCAACCAUACUCGGAACAGUCAGAGAAGUCUUUUGUACGUGUUUGGUAGUUGUAGCACAAGUGAUUGAAGUAGAAAACAUGUCAAUGCUGUAUAUUUUUAACUGCCCUGAUGGUUUGUCUGUCGUUGUUAGUGGCAGUACUCGCUCCCUGUAAUGCUCUCUGGUGCAGGGCUGUUCAGCUCUUUCACUCUUCUACAGGAAGGUUCUCUUAGAAUACAGUUCUUCCCAGAUCACUGAAACGGCCCUGUUUUCCAGGAGGAGCUUUGCAGAGAGUGAGCACUGCACCAUAGUGGGUUUAUGAGAUCGCAGUGAUGACUGAUAGGUAGGUAUGAUGGCUUCAACAAUCUUUGCCCUUGAAUUGAUGCCCUUUGCUGUAUGCCAUUUAGUGGAAGUGCUAAGUCUUAAGUUUCAUACUACUUCUGUUUCAUAUUUUUUCGGACUUACAGAGUUGUGAAUAGCACAGUCAAAAGGGGAUAAAAAGGUACUUGCAGUAAUCUGUGGGAAAAUAGAGUUCCAUAUUCUGGUAUUGUGACAAUAUCCUUGUUUUAUAUUAAUUUUUUAUUUAUUUUUCCCCGUCUUGCAAAGUACAGUGAUCCCUGUUUCCAUGAGAUUUGAAUAAAGACUAUUUUUGCUUGAUGACA